CCAAGGACAGGAGAGCAUCAGCAGAGAGAGUGAAAAGAGGAGAGAGAAAGGUGCCCCCUCUCGCCAUUGCGAUAAUUGCCUCGCUGUUGAAUCGAUGUCGGUGCAAAUGCUGCUCUAACGGGGGGCUGUUGGAGCGGAGGAGAAGCAGUGGGGGGGAUUUGACUUCACACACGGACAAACCUAUGCUUGGAUUUCGGUUCUUUUUCCCUUCGCCAAUGCAAAAGGAAAUAUGCAGCGAAGCUUCACCAUCCUCUACACCAGUUUACUGGGGAUGUGCUUGGGUUCGAGCUCAAGUUUCCCAAGUAACAUCAAUAUAGGAGGAUUGUUCCCUACCGAUUCACACGAAUAUGAGGUGUUUCGGUUCGCCCUCUCCCACCACCAGGACAUCCCCAAACUGGUGCCGCAGGUGGAUAUGGUCAAAAUGGGAAAUAGCUUCUCCAUGACAUAUGCAUUUUGCUCCCAGUUCUCUAAAGGUGUAUAUGCCAUCAUUGGCCUAUAUGACAGGAAGACGGUCAACAUGCUCAUGUCCUUCUGCGGAGCACUGCACGUCUGCUUUGUCACACCGUCCUUUCCCAUCGAGACAGCCAACCAGUUUGUCAUCCAGCUGAGGCCUGAGCUUCAGGAUGCUCUGGUGGGAGUCAUCGACCACUAUGGAUGGACCAAGUUUGUCUACAUGUACAGUUCUGAUUCAGGCUUAUCAGUUCUGCAGAAGGUUCUGGACACAGCAGCAGAAAGGAACUGGCUGGUGACCUCGGUCAACGUGGAGACCAUGACUGAGGCCUCCUUCUUGAAAGUGUUCCAGGAUUUGGACAAGAGGAAGGAAGGACAGAUAAUUAUUGACUGUGAGACUGAGAGGCUCACUGGCAUCCUCAAAAAGAUUGUUGAACAAGGAAAGAAUGCAAAGAGCUACCACUACAUUCUGGCCAACCUGGGUUUCCUGGACAUAGACCUGACAGACCUGAGGAAAGGCGGUGCCAACAUCACCGGCUUCCAACUCGUCAACAACUCCGAGCCGAGUGUGAGCCGUAUUGUCCAGCAGUGGAUGGAGUUUGAUAACAAAGACUCCAAAAUGCUCAAGAGUGGACUCAAAUACACAGGUGCUCUAACAUAUGACGGGGUGAAAGUCAUGUCCACGGCCUUCCAGAAUUUAAGGAGACAGAGGAUAGAUAUCUCUCGCCGGGGUAACGCUGGAGAGUGUCUCGCCAACCCACCGGCUCCUUGGGGACAGGGCAUUGAUAUCCAGAGAGCCUUGCAGCAGGUCCGUAUUGAUGGGUUGACGGGUCACAUUCAGUUCAAUGAGAAAGGCCGCAGAACCAACUACACCGUCAGUGUUAUGGAAUUGGCCCCUUCCGGACCUAAGAAGGUCGGCUACUGGAACGAAGAUGAAAAGUAUGUGACUACAGCCAGCCUCGUGAGGGGCAGCAAUGACACUUAUGGAUUGCUGAACAGGACUUAUAUAGUCACCACUAUCUUGGAGUCUCCAUAUGUGAUGCUGAAAAAGAACCAUGAGCAACUUGUGGGGAAUGAUAAGUAUGAGGGCUACAUCGUUGAACUUGCUGCAGAGAUAGCCAAGCAUGUGGGCUACCAGUACAAACUGAAAAUUGUCUCUGAUGGCAAGUAUGGAGCCCGAGAUCCUGAAACCAAGAUGUGGAAUGGCAUGGUUGGCGAAUUGGUGUAUGGGAAAGCAGAUUUGGCUGUGGCUCCACUCACUAUAACCCUUGUCCGUGAAGAGGUGAUAGACUUCUCCAAGCCAUUCAUGUCUCUUGGUAUUUCCAUCAUGAUCAAGAAACCAACCAAAUCCAAACCUGGCGUUUUUUCAUUCUUGGACCCGCUGGCUUAUGAAAUCUGGAUGUGCAUUGUGUUUGCCUACAUUGGCGUCAGCGUUGUCCUCUUCCUUGUGAGUCGAUUCAGCCCGUACGAGUGGCAUGCUGAGGACUACGAAGAGGGGGGUGAGCCGCAGACUCCUACACAAGCAGCAGCUUCCAAUGGGGUGCAGCAGGGCCAGACACCAACGCAGCAGAAUACCAACCAGCAGAGUCCAGAACAGACCAAUGAGUUUGGCAUCUUCAACUCCCUUUGGUUUUCACUAGGAGCCUUCAUGCAGCAGGGCUGUGAUAUCUCACCACGGUCUCUUUCAGGCCGCAUUGUUGGUGGCGUCUGGUGGUUCUUCACCCUCAUCAUCAUCUCUUCCUAUACUGCUAACUUGGCUGCCUUCCUCACCGUGGAGAGGAUGGUGUCUCCUAUAGAGAGUGCAGAGGAUCUUGCUAAGCAGACAGAGAUCGCCUAUGGAACGCUAGAUGCCGGCUCCACCAAAGAGUUCUUCAGGAGGUCAAAGAUCGCCGUGUUUGAGAAGAUGUGGUCCUACAUGAAGUCAGCUGACCCGUCAGUGUUCGUCAAAACGACCGACGAGGGUGUGAUGAGAGUCAGGAAGUCCAAAGGCAAGUAUGCCUACCUGCUGGAGUCCACAAUGAACGAGUACAUAGAGCAGAGGAAACCGUGCGACACUAUGAAGGUGGGCGGGAACUUGGACUCCAAAGGUUAUGGAAUAGCCACACCUAAAGGAUCACCUCUGAGAAACCCAGUAAACCUGGCGGUGUUAAAACUGAACGAGCAGGGCCUCUUGGACAAAUUGAAAAACAAGUGGUGGUACGACAAGGGAGAGUGCGGCAGCGGGGGCGGGGACUCCAAGGACAAGACAAGCGCUCUGAGCCUCAGCAACGUGGCGGGAGUCUUCUACAUCCUGAUUGGAGGCCUGGGCCUGGCCAUGCUGGUGGCACUGGUGGAGUUCUGCUACAAGUCCCGGACCGAGUCGCGCCGAAUGAAGCAAUCCAUCAAUGAUGCCAUGCGCUGCUCCACCCUGACCAGGAUGAGCGGCAACGGGAGCGGAGGAGAGAACGGACGAAUCCUCACCCACGACUUCCCCAAGACCGUUCAGACGCUGCCCUGCAUGAGCCACACCGCCAGCAUGGGACUGGGUGCCUCUGGCAUGUGAUCAUCGCGUUACUGUGCUGGCGGCGAGGGAUCGGCAGGGUGGGGCAGAAGAAGAGCGCAAGACUCUGUUCACCUCAAUAAUCAUGGCUGCCCGGUUCGGCUGAUCUAUUCUCCUGGCUGUCAAUUUGCCCGACUUGAACGUGACUUACUGCCAAAAUGCACUCUGAAACCCCUCCUUACGAACUACAGCAGAGACAUUUUUAAAUAAAAGGAUGUUUGAAAAAGAGAUCCAGAAAAAAAGGGAAAUGCACUGCAAUAAAGAAGACAUCAGUGUGGGACGGGGAGGGCGGGGUGUGUUUUUGAAAAUCUUUUUACAGUGUUCAUUUAAGUUGGGGAAAAAAAGAACUUGACACUUCAGUGUGACGCCUGCGCUGUGCCAUUUUGAUGGAGCUGUUGACGUUAGUCUGCGUGUGCAAUAUCCUGACCUCCACUGCUGACCUUGUACUACCUAGUUGCUUUCUGAUGGUCGGCGGGAACUUUUUUUUUUUUUUUUUUUGCGUAGAUGUCACAGAGGAGGACAAACACUUGUGAACGCUUCUAUGAUUUGAUAUUGUUUCUUUGAACAUUCUUAAUCUCUUUCACAUUUUACACUCCAUUUUAGAAAGACAAAGUGCUCUGUGUAGCAUAGCUGAGUUUUUAUGAUACCGUACAUGGUUUACACUGAUGUUAUAGCACAGAGCUUUGUCACAAGUAGUUUAAUUUAUCUUCGACUGAAGGUUUCCGCAACAAACAUGCAUUGCUGCUACGCCUCAUUCAACACAUCAUGCCUUGUCUUGGUGCCAUAUGACCAUUUCCACAAACGCACACAGAUACACUGUACACUUGUUGCUACUGGGUCAUUGGUUGGCCAGCAGAUACAGAGUUUUAUAGAUAGAAUCGGCAGAUUCAGAAAUGUCCACCUUGACCUAAAUGGAAAAGAGAAUGGCGAAAAAGACAUUCUUCUAUGUCUAUGUAAAGUACUGAGUGACCUUACACUGUAUACUCCUGUGACAUUCAUGCAUACCCACUCACAUACUCUGGAGUGUAUUUGCAGCCCGUGUAAAGAGCAAAAGAUUGACAAAUUUGAAUUCAAUAUGAAGGAAAUCCUCCUCGUAUUAUUGUUGCUGCAUAAUUCAUCCACUCCUGUGAUGUAUUUUCAGUCGUAUUCAGUUUUAAUGAAAUUGGCAGCACAUGCAAUUUAUUGAGAGUGGCAUAUCCCCUGCAGAUUGUGCAUGGCCUAUAAAAAGCAAGUUGGCCUAGUCUCACUGUUGCUAGCUGGCGGCAGAGGGAGGGGGACAGAUACACUUGAUGUGACUGAGAGAUUUACAGUGACUAUCAUCUGUGUUUAUUGGAGGUCAAGGUUAAGGUGAUCACUGCACUGCUUGGUGGAGUCCUCUCUUUCAGAUCACAUAAAGAGAAGAAAAAUCAGAACGGCAGGUCUGAGAGAGACAAGAGGAGAGAUUACAGAGGGCAGGCAGCCUACAGGGAACUGCCAUCCCAAAAGAUGCCAGAACUUUUAACUCUAAAUGACUAUAAGUGAUGCACUUUGAUUUGUAGGACUGCCAUGGCCAGUUUGCAGGAUUGGCUGCAUUCCUGUGAAUAUGUGAUCAACAGCAUGAAGCAAAACUUAAGCAAAAUUUUAAUGAAAAGGAAAAUAAAUCUAAGAUACUGUCAGUGUUGUCCUAGAAAUUUACAUUAAUAUCUAAGCUCAUCUUUAGCUCAUUAUGUGGUAUAUUUUCAGCGUUUUUUGCUCCUGUUUGCGCUCUUUUCUAUUGUUAGCUGUAGGUGGGGGAAAAAAUGUGGUUACAGAUUUCUGAAGAGGAGUAUUUCAAUCUAAGUGUGAUGGUAGUGGUUCAUCUCUUUACCAUGAAUUCACAAUGUUAUUUAAACUUUAUUUAUUACACAUUUCUAAAUGACUUUGUCCUGUUUUGAUGGAUUUUCUUGCUUUGGUAUUUGGUAUCUUUUCACCAACAAAAAGUAACUGAAAACAAGCUAAAGUGAAAGCUUGGUUGCUGAGCGUUACUGCUCAAGCUCUCUGUGUAUUCUCCUGAGACGUUUACGACACACGGGAACUCCCAGUUUCUCACUCACCAGUACAACUGUCCUCAAAGAUCAAGCUGCUUUCAAGUCAUAAAACUAUUUACUUCCAUGUGAGUUAAAUGCAGCAUCACUAUGGUGACAAGAAGUGUUCAGUGUACCACAGUAUGUUUAUGCAUGUGUGAAAAAAAAAAGCUACCGGUGAAGCAGCAAAGUACUGUGAAGUGAGUCAAGGCCAUGCAUUUAGAUUUCAACAGGGGUGUUGGAACGCUGUGCAGCCCACUCAGACCAAUUUCAUGCAAUUCUUAUUUUCAGUACUCCAUGAAAUAGUUUUUGAAGUGUCAUCUGUUUUUGCAUAUUUAAAAGUUUCCUAUUGAAAAGAAAAGUUAGGGAUGUUUCUUUCCCUCGCUUCCUCCCUCUCUCCUUUUCACCCCAGAAAGCUCACACUUCUCGGGAUGCCAUACGCAAAACGACUCUUCGACAAAACUGAAACCAAACGUUUCUGUUUUUAACUCAUUGGUUUGCUAGUUUUUAUACCAGAAGCACAAAUGGUGCACUGAUGAAAGUUUACACAGCUCACAAUGGCAAAAACAGGGUCAUUAGGAGUUAUAUUGUCCUCUUAAUAGCAGCAAUUUGAGACAACGUUGACCUCUGCUGCUACACCGCAGACAGUUGAUAGACGUGAGGUAAUUGACAGCUCUUCUUUCUUCUGUUUAAACUAGCAGAAAAGUUAAGCUUAGACUUUUAGCAGUUUAUCCUUUUUUUUAAGAAAUUGCUUAGUUAGUUUUGGUAUUUUCAUUUGAAUUUUAUCAACAGCCAAAAAAAAAAUAAAUACUUAAGAUGAAAAUUUGUCAAAGCAGUGGAGCCACUAAUAGCUGUUUUUCAUAAUGCAACACAGGCAAAGGUUACAUAAAAGGUGCACCUUUUCCUCCUGCAUCUGUUUCCUCGUACCAGUCUUUUAGUUCUUUUCAAUCUACAAACAUCUUCCAAGACUGAGUACAGUUAUUUCAAGCACUUGCACUGUGAGAAGGUAUUAAAGGAAGUAUACAAAAUCCUUCUGCUGAAUCAAAUGAGCCAGACUGGAGGAAAACUGGCUUUGACAAGAUGGCAAAUUAUAGUAAUUGCAAGCAACAAAUGUCCUGAAAUGUACUGAAUCACACUAUCAUCACACAGGCUGGAUAUCUGUGAGUUUUAGGAGCAUCUAAAGCUGUGAUUCUACUUAAAGGUGACUGAAAGGUCGUUGCUCGAAAUGGGAUUUCCACUGCUGUCAGAAGCCAGGGGGUCAUUGUUAGAUCAUGUACCUUACACUCAAGAUGACCUCAUAUUUCACAGCAAAGACAGACCGCCUCAUUCGCUGCCACAUCUGGUUGUGUGUGUGCAUUUUUUUUCUCUCUCUCUGAGUUUCUGCUUUAAAAAACAAAGAAAACUGUAAAAAGAAAUAAAAUUAAAAAAGGAUGGCACCAAACCUAAUCUAUGACUUUUGUACAUCAUCAUAGGAGCAAAAUAACCCGGCAGUUUACUGAAAUCAUACGUAUCCCCACAUGUUUGUAUAUAAAAUGUUUUUUCGUUAUAUUUAUUUAAAUUUCCUUUGUUUGUUUGUUUUGUUCCCCUGUGAAAAGAAAUCUCUUUUAAAUCAUGUGUCAUUGUACCAGGAUUAGUUACCUACCGUGUGAAGACCUGUUCCUUUCUUCCUUCAUAUGUGUGUUCUUUUUCCUGAUAAUGUAUUAAUUAGUACCCAGCACAGCACUCUUCAGCAGAGGCUUUAUGUUGGCAAACAUGUUUUAUAUACCAUGAAUAGAUUUCUUAAAAAAGAAAAAAAAAAAAAGGAAAAAUGAAAAACUGUGUUUGUAUAAAGGAGAGUUGAAAUUUUGGUGGAAGUGGCACUUUGAAGAGUAUAAAAAGUAAUACACACAAACACAGUUGUUAAAUAAUCUGCCAGUUUUCAGUUGAUUUUAUCUCCAUUUGUUGCUGUUUAAAGAAAUAUUUCCUGAUGGUAUUUUUAAGUGCUUGAAAUUUAACGCAUUGUGAAUAUUACUCUGUUUUUACAUUUGUUUGUUUUUUGUUUGUUUGUUUGUUGUUUUGUUGCUGUUGUUUGUAUUUCACUGUACUUUACAGCUGGAAUCACCAGUUUUUUUGUUUGUUUUUAUAUUUUGUUUGUGUUUUUUUUUUUUUUUUUUUUUUUACUUUGCAAAGGGUGUUACUGAGUUUAACUCAAACCGUGAUCAAUAAAUGGGUUCAAAAGUAUAUAUAUGUAUAUAUAUAUAUAUAUAUAUAUAUAUAUAUAUAUAUAUAUAUACAUACAUACAUACAUAUAUAUAUAUAUAUACAUGAGAGAAUACAACUAUUAAGAGUCAGAUUUUUGAGAAAUAACUUUUUUUUUCUAACCAAAGUGUCCUGGAAGGAAGGCAUUAUGCUUUUGUAACUGAAUAAAGGAUUAAACUAUG